UGUCUACAAGCAGUCAUGGCAUGGGUUUUUGCAAUACUGCUUACUUAUACUUCUACAGAUGCAGCAAAGACAGCAAACCUAGGACAGAACAAGGACGACUCUGAGCAAUGGCAGUCCUGUCCAGAGUAUGCCACCAAGCCGAAGGUUCAGAGGAAACGACGACCUUCGGCAAGGAAAGCAACUGCGAAGAGCUCUGCUAAAAGAAGUGCCACAGUGGGUGUCAAAAAGGCUGCAGGGAUGACAACUGCCACUGAUAUGAGACCUUCUGAUGUAGCAUCAAGUGUUCAGUUGGAAAGCACUCAGGGCGUCGAAACAACUGAAGUAAUUGUGAUUCAAACACGGAAGAGGCCUAAGAAAUCCAAGGAGGAGAAGGACAGGCAGUGCAAGGUCUGCCUGAAGGAGCUUCCCAACAAUUCUUCAUUGACAACCCACAUGUGGACCCAUGAACGGCCGUUUGCUUGUGCAGAAUGCAGUGCUCGUUUCUCCACAAAAAACAACCUUGUAGUUCACCAAAGGACUCAUUCAGGCGAAAAGCCGUAUGCGUGCAACGAAUGCAAUGCCAGCUUUUCAACACGAGGAAACCUCAAGCGGCAUGUGAAGACACAUACGGGCGUCAAGCCCUGGAAAUGCAGCCACUGUGAGCAGUGCUUCACCGAAAAGAAGACUUUAGUUGCUCACAUGCGACGACACACAGGCGAAAAGCCCUACCAGUGCCAGGUGUGCCAGCGGCGCUUUGCCCAGUCGGGGGUCCUGCGCAUGCACAUGGCCGUGCACCUGGGCCAGAAGUCGCACCUGUGCGAGCACUGCGGCAAGGCAUUCCGGCAGCGCUCGCAGCUGCAUCUGCACAUGCAGCGGCAUCAGGGGCUGCGCCGCUACUCCUGCAAUAUCUGCCCCUCAAAGUUCCUCACCAAGGCUGACAUGCUGCGUCAUGAGCGGACACAUACAGGAGAACGGCCUUAUGUGUGUACUCUGUGUGGAAAGAAAUUCACGCGGCAGCAGUCACUCAAUGAGCACACCAACCGGCACUACGGCAUCAAGCCUUUCGAGUGCAAGUACUGCGACAAGACGUUUGCCGAGAUGUCAGCGUGUUAUAAGCAUAUCAAGCUUCACUCCAAGACUGAGGAUGGGGAGAAUAAUGGAUGUGCUCAGAAUGCAAUGAAAACGACUGAGGCACGCAUUCCACCACUCCCUGGGACUGCCCUGCAGACUGCGGGGAGCUCGCAGUUAGUGGCUUCAGCUGCGGAAUCUAGUAGGAUAGUGUCAACACUGGCAUCUGAGGCUGGAAACAGGAAUGGGGCACUGAAAGGCUCUGAAACUCUGACUUCACAUGAGUCUGCAGUGACUGGAGCGGCGCAUGUCACUGGUGUGGUCCACCCACCCGAGCUCUCGGCCAUGGACUUACUAGCCACUGCUUCAGGCUUCUAGGGCUGGCAGUUGAAGAGAGCACAGCGGGACUGCAUGUGUGUGUAUAUGUGUUUGCCACGAGGACAUUUGUUUUAUUUAUGAGACACUAAGAAUGAUGAAAAUGACGAGCGCAAGUUAUUGCCAGAGCCAACUCGCUGUGUUAGUAUUGUAUAUAUCUUUUAACAGCUUUGAUACACGGUAUGUUUGUAUGCUUGUGAGAUUUACUAGCAUGCAUGCCCAGAAAGUUAUGAAUUGCUUGGUGUGGUCUAGCUUUUUGUUGUUGAGUUAUAUAAGGCUAACGAAAAAAGAAAGAAAAGAGGACAACAUGGAGACAGGACAAGCGCUUCCUAUCCAGUGAAGAUUUAUUCAGAAAAGCGUGUGAAUCUAAGCACAACAAUCUUGGAACAAAGGAAGUCCUCGUAAGGUCACGUGAGCAAAUUGAUAAAUGGUGAUCCAUCAGUGAAUUCCAUUCCGUCUUUUGAAAACAUUAUCAAUGCCCGGUUGAUGCGUGUGCCUUCGUGUUUUAUAAUGUUAUAUGAUUCACCCAUUUCACAUGUGCGCUACCCACCACAAUGGCCCAGUAACUGUGUCAUUCUCCUUCCAAGCACAAAGUCACGGGCUAGAUUUCCACCCACAGCAGCUGUAUUUCGAUGGGGGCGAAAUGCAAAAAUGUUUAUCUACAUAGAGUUAUAUGCAUGAAUCUUGAAUCUUGUGUACUAAGACAAAAGCAAAAACUAAAAAGUUGUACCUUUUGCCUGCGUAUGCACUUAUCGUAGGCAGUGAAUCAUUUGUUCUUUUAUGGGAGUGGCAAACCUUCUUAUUGGAAAUUUAGUUGGUCAAAAUCCGGAGCCCUUCGCUACAGCAUCUCUCAUAGCCCCAGUUUUGCUUUUGGACAUUAAAUCUCAUGAAUCAAUCAAUCCCUCACGUGUACACCAAUCACGAUGCCUCGUGAUUAUCGAGAUGCUGCCAAAAGAAGACUGGUGACAAUCACUCCACAGCUGAGAACUCAGUAUAUAUAUCUGCCCGCUGAUCACAAUGCCUAGCAUCCAGCUUGCGUGCUUCAUCAUCCUUCUAUAUUAAUCCGUGCUAGUGUUGCUCUGUUAUCUAUAUAAUUACAUGUGCUCAUUUGUGUCUCAUUUGUGCUGUAAGCCGAACCAAGGUAUUUAUAGUCUUUUAAGAAGUCACGUUCUCACUAUCCUCUCUAGUCAGCUGCAUUUUAAUUUGCAGCAUUAUUGUUUGUGCAUUGCACAUAUAGUUGUACGUUUAUAGUGCUUGCCACGUUGAUACUUGUACAGUUGAACCUUGAUUUAACAAGACUGAUGGGACCCAAACAUGAUUUUCUUCAUAAAUCGAGGUCUUCGUUAAAUCACAGAACACUUCAUGCUAAUAACAGUAUACUAAGACGAGAGCAAAAACUAAAUAGUUGUACUUUUUACCUGCGUAUGUACUUAUUGCACUUAUUGUAGGCAGCAAAUCUUGUGUUCUUUUAUGGGAGUGGCAAACCUUCUUAUCAGGUCAGUGGUUUCUGUCACUUGAACGCGAACUGGUGUACCCAUAUUUCCCCCACAAAAAAACGUCUUUAUAGCUGAGAGGUUUGGGUCCACUUCAUUGCUUCAAGGCUUUUGAUGCUUUAGACUGUACGAAUCCGUGUUGGAGAAUCAAAAACGCUUUCUUAAGGUGAGCUUUUGUAAAGCGGGUCUCGUUAACUUGAGGUUUGACUGUACAUAGCACUCGGUGCCUUGUAUGUCUUUCUCUAAUGUGCAUAAUUUUUGUCUAAAGUGAAUGAAACAUCACUAAUAGUGCAUUCGACUGGUUACGUUCGAGCGCUCUAAUGGCACCCUCAAGGUAAGAUUUACAUUCGGCCGUUUGAAAUCGAGCACACUGAACAGAUUCGCCUUGUUCAUUUGGAGUGCCACGCAGCCUCUGAGCACUUGGAGAUGCCCAGAGGCUCUCGCCUCUUAGCUGGGAAUGUGACCGAGAUCCAACAGAUUUCCAAUCAUGUGCAUCCUCCUGUUACUCUGGUAGUAGCUCAACACUUGGCUCGGACAUGCUUUCUGUGGAUCCAAUGUCGAGAGGCCUCAGCAUCACUUCAAACCGAUUCAGAGUGUGGCAAGAACCAGUCGAAUGUACUAUAAGACUGUUCGAGCUGAUUUUACCCGAUACAUUCCAGUGCAAACUCAUUUACAUUUAACUAAUGUGUUUUAGUGAUUUAACUAAUGUUUUAGUGACCCUUCAUCUGUGAUAACAUCUGGUGUACAUAGAUUAUUGCAUUUUCAUUGUGUACAUUCUUACAAAAAAAAUGGAGAGUUAUUAAACCAUCUUUAUUUUGUG